CGCCGAGUAUAUACGUCAUCAUCAAGCACCCCGAAGGUCCUCAUACAUGCAUGUGCUCGAGGUUUGUGGUGGCAAUUUUGAAGUGUCCCCUCAUGGCGAAUUCAUUCUCGCAGGAGCUCGAAGACCUCCUUAACCCGCUCCCCAAGUUUGCCGACCCCGAGGAUGACCAUGACGAGGCCACCAAAGCCCGGGUUAGCGAUACCUUCGCCGGGGACGACGACGAGGCUGCAGCGGAUGCCGAGGCCGGCAUCGGCGCCCUGCGGCGAAUAAACGCCAUCAUGCCAGCCGAGAGCGACGGGAGAUACCUGGGCAAGGCCGUCAGCAGACAGCAGCUCUUCCUCAUGGAUAUGGAGCAGGAUCAAGAUGAUGACCUAAGUAUUUGCAAUGAGGAGGAUGGCAGUGCGGAAGACCUAGAGGAAGAUGAUGACAAUGAGGAGGCUGAUGAGGACGAAGUGGAGACCGAUGAGGACGAAGUGGAGGCCGAUGAGGACGAAGUGGAGGCCGAUGAGGACGAAGAGGAGGCCGAUGAGGACGAAGCGGAGGCCGAUGAGGACGAAGCGGAGGCCGAUGAGGACGAAGCGGAGGCCGAUGAGGACGAAGCGGAGGCCGAUGCAAACGUGUCACUUGCUGCCGGCGUGAACAUCCACAAGCUGACGAGCGAAAUGGAUAAGCCCAGUGCGAGCGAGGACGACAGCAGCGACGAGACGGAGGACGACCAAGAAGAGGAGCGCGCCAUCUCCACCUUCUCCGAGGCCAAGGUGGACGAGGAGGUGGAGAAGAGCCGGGCGGUGCGGAACCAGCUGGCAGUGUGGGAGCGGCUCCUGGAGGCCCGCAUCAAGAUGCAGAAAGUGCUGGCUAGCGGCAACCGGCUGCCCGGGCCGCUUGUCCUCCCGCUCUUCCGCGCCAGUGGUGGCGCCGGGCUGGUGGGGGCUGUCAAGAAUGCGGGCAAGGCCUUGAAGGCUCUUCAGAGGUCCCUGCUGGAGCUUCACGAUCAGCUCAUGCAGCAGAGCUCUGAGCAAGUCCUCUUGGCUUUUGGCGAGGAAGAAGAUGACAACAAAGAGAGGAGUGCGCCCAAGCGCAAACUGGACAUGUCCGACUACCCUGAGAUGGCGUCCAAGCGUUUUGCUGCUUUCCGGCCAUAUCGUGACGCCACGCUGCAGAAGUGGCACGACAAAACCCGCCUGAGCUCAGGCAAGGGUGGCGGCGGCAACUUCGGAGCAUUUGAGCGCAACGUCGUGAGCCAAGUGGAGCAGAUUCUGAUGGACAAGGAGCGGCUGGUGCGACGCACGCAGACGCGGCGCUCAGAGUACCGCAUCCUCGGAACCGGCCCGGAGCGGGAGCUCGCCAGCGCCGACCCUUCGGAUGAGGAGCGUCAUCGGGAUCGUUUAACGCCUGCCGGAGGAAGCUCACACGAUGUUGACGAGGACAUCUUUGACGACGACGACUUUUAUCACCAGCUGCUGCGUGAGCUCAUCGAGCGCAAGACGGGCGGCUCCGACGCCAACCCGCAGGUGGCAGCGGGGCGCCAGUGGCUGCAGAUCCAGAAGUUGCGCAGCAAGAUCAAAAAGGUGGUAGACACCAAGGCCAGCAAAGGACGUAAGGUCAGGUUUGUCGUGCAUACCAAGCUGCUCAACUUCAUGGCGCCCGUCCUGUACGGACAGGACACCCUGGCGCACGACGCCCGCACCGAACUCUACCAGGGGCUCUUUGGACUCCGUCCACUCGUGUUGUCACCGGCCAUCUGUGACGUCACGACCCAGUGACAUGAAUGCCAAUCAACGCCUCGAUUUGUUAGUGCAGUGCUUGACCUUCAACCUUUUGACACAUUUAUAUUGUGGACCGCAAAGGGUCACUAUUGUGUGCUGUACAAUGCCAUCCAUUGAGUACCAAACUCUCCAUACCCUCUACUAUGUUAUGAACAACUGUUAUAUUGUACACAUUUGCUGGUGUCUCAGUGGAACAUCCUUUGCCACAAUUUGUCAAAAUUCCCAUCUAAACUUCAGUGCUAUCUAAUGUCUAAGUUUCUAUGGUGUGUGAGUAAAGACAAUCUUAGGGAACAAAGAACACAUGUAUAAAACCGGCCCCAAGUGCAUAUCUGCUGGCGGAGACGCCUGCUCUCAAUAUCUGCCACAGUACAUUGAACUACAUUAUGCAGUGCUAAUAUGUAGCAGAGAUGGGGACUCGAGUCACUGUGAUGUGGACUCGAGUUGGCUCGAGUCGCUGUUUUGAUGACUUGUGACUUGACUUGACAAAAAUAAAAAAACUUGAGACUCGACUUGGAAGUUAAAGACUCUGGACUUGACUUGAGACACGAUGAGUUGACUGACUUCCGUGUUAUUUAGUUUACGUUUUCAGUUUGAAUAUAAAAUGAAUAAUACAUUUAAAAAAGUAAUAUCGAUAACACGGUAGGAGCGUAGGCUGAGAAUGGGGUUGUCAUGAUUGGAUUGUUAUCCUGUCAAUCAAUCGUGCCCUCUCUACCUACCUAACGUGUUUAUUGUAGAAUCACGCCCCUUUAUAUCGGACAUGCACAAACGUGUCAGCAGGAGCGGUACCUUCGGCUAUCGUAAUUACCUUUAUGACGACAAAAGACGGACAGCACAGUGCAAGAUAUGCAAUAGAAACAUUUCAGACAGCCAGACGACUUUGUCCGUUUGAAGUUUAUAGAGCUCUGGUGUCUCCAGAUGUUACAGAUGAAACAUAAAAUGUUUCUAAUGCUCUUUAAUGUGUUUCUUCUUUCAGAUGUUUUUCAGAUUAUUUUUUCAUAUUUGCAACUCAAAUCUGUCAGACACUGUCGGCAGACGUUCAUUUGUUUAGAUUGAGCUGUCAAUCAUUGUAUGAGGUAAUUUCUUUUUUGUUUGAUUCCAUGGUGUAUUUUACUGAAUAUCAGUAAUUACAGUGCAAAUCCAAAUUAUUGUCAUAUUUUUUAAACAGGUUAGACACAUUGGACAAUGAUGGUUACUUAAAGUUACCUAUAUCUUGUCUUUCGCGUUACUAAGAUCAGAUUCUGCGGGUAAAAUUGCAAUAAUAAGGUGACUUGACUUGGACUUGACCUAUUUAAAGACUUUACUUGACUUGCCCAAGAAAAAAAUGACUUGGGACUUACUUGAGACUUGAAGGUUAAGACUUGAGACUCACUCGAGACUUACACGUGUGACUUGGUCCCAUCUCUGAUAUGUAGUAUCUAGUGCAAUUCUAAGAAUAGUACUUCAGCGUAUUAAUAUAGAUGACCACACAAUAUAGAUCUCGUUUUUGAGAGAUGAAGAGCUAAACUCUCGCGCUCUGUCGCACAUGGGCAAAUGAGUAUUUAGUCGGCGACCAAUUGAGCAAGUUCUCCCACUUACAAGAUGAGAAAUGCCUGUAAUUUUCAUCAUAGGUUUGGAUCGUUAAAUGAUUUUUAAAAAAUUAUCUGAAAAAUAAAUCCAGUCUAAUCAAUUUUAUUCUUAAGAAUGUUACAAUUUUCCAUUUCCAAUUUCGCGGAUCACCUGCAAUACCGCUACGGACCACUAGUGGGGCCAAAAGUAGUUGACCUGCGGUGCCUCGUCACCCGGAAGUAAUUGACCAUCAGCGUGAGCUCGUCACUGCGCUUGAGUUCAAUGACGCGGAAGUCUUGAAUGCCUGCCUGCUGUCAAUCCCCGUAGCGACGUUUUGCAUUUGUGAGCAUUAAUAUUUGGAGAAGUAAAAAUGAGUACGAUGUUCGCGGACACCAUCCUGAUCGUCUUUAUUUCCGUGUGCACGGCGCUGCUAGCCGAAGGUGAGCCAACCACGCUAGUAGCAACAAAUGCAGAAAAGGUUAUUUGCAAAAACUACUACCCUUUUAAACUUAUUGAAAACGGUACUGCAAGUCUGCAACACAACACAAUUGAUGUCGUCUAAGUGGAGAGGAAUCACGUGGGUGCUGGUCUACCGCACGGACAAGUACAAGCGGCUCAAGGCGGAGGUGGAAAAACAAAGCAAGCAACUGGAGAAGAAAAAGGAAACCAUCACAGACUCGGCGGGACGUCAGCAGAAGAAGAAGAUUG